CCUCACUGGCUGCCUAAGCUACCCUCAUUUCUGCUGUGCCGGGCACACCGCACCUCUAACAGGACGGCCGAGUUCUGCCGCUGCUCUCUCCGCAGUCCUCAGGCCCGCCGAUCACCGGACUGCUACCCGGGCAUCACUACGGACGGCAGCGUGCGCUCGGCGUAGACAAGGUUGGACAGCUUUACUCGGCUGGAUUUACACAUCAGCGUUCAGAACGCAGAACGCUCACAUCCUCUCCUCUCCCGUAAAGAUCGCUCUAGAGCGGGAAGCUCGGCGUUCCCCGCCCCGUCCCAGCCGACUCUGCUUCCCGACAGAGAGGCGCGAGGAGUCUCCAGCCGGAACAGCGGCAGCGGCCAAAAGCCAUGGCCAAAAGCAACGGGGAGAACCCGCGCUCUCGCAGUCAGGUGCAGCGCAUCCGAGAGGGCAUCCACCUGCGCUCCCUCAAGGCCAAGAAGAAGGUGGAGGACAUCACCAAGGAUGACGUGAAGACCUUCUUGAGGAAGAAUGCUUUUGUGCUCUUCACCAUCGGUGCUGUCGUCAUUGGCAUCAUGCUGGGAUUCGCUCUGCGGCCAUACAAGAUGUCUUACAGAGAGGUGAAGUACUUUUCCUUCCCCGGAGAACUUCUGAUGCGCAUGCUACAGAUGCUCGUCCUCCCUUUGUUGGUGUCCAGUCUGAUCACAGGCAUGGCGGCCCUCGACAGGCGCGCCUCUGGGAAGAUGGGCAUGCGAGCAGUGGUGUAUUACAUGACCACGACCUUCAUCGCCGUGUUCAUCGGCAUCAUCAUGGUCCUCAUCAUACACCCGGGCAAAGGCUCCAAGGAUGAGUUCACCCAGCAGCAGAAGAUUGAGCAAGUCAGUCCGGCCGACGCCUUCCUGGACUUGAUCAGAAACAUGUUUCCUCCCAACCUGGUUCAAGCUUGCACACAGCAGUUCAAGACACAGUACGGCAAAAAGGUCGUCCACGUGAAGAUCACGGUGAACGAGAGUAUCUUUAACCUGACCAACGCCACUCAGGAGAUCACCCGGGAAGACGUUAUUCCCAUCUCUGGCACCACCAGCGGCGUCAACGCCCUGGGGCUGGUGGUGUUCUCCAUGUGCUUCGGCCUGAUCAUCGGGAACAUGAAGGAGGAGGGCCAGGCCCUCAGGGACUUCUUCAACUCCCUCAAUGAGGCCAUCAUGAAGCUGGUUGCUAUCAUCAUGUGGUAUGCACCCAUUGGCAUUCUCUUUUUGAUCGCUGGCAAAAUCGUGGAGAUGGACGACAUCACCGAAAUGGGUGGGCAGCUGGGCAUGUACACGGUGACCGUCAUCAUAGGCCUCCUCAUCCAUGGCAUGGUCAUCCUGCCCACCCUCUUCUUCGUCAUCACGCGAAAGAACCCCUUCAUCUUCAUCACUGGGUUGCUGCAGGCCCUCAUCACUGCCCUGGGCACGUCUUCCAGCUCAGCUACUCUGCCCAUUACAUUCAAGUGCUUGGAGGAGAACAACAAAGUCGAUAAAAGGGUGACCCGCUUUGUCCUGCCAGUAGGCGCAACCAUCAACAUGGAUGGGACGGCACUGUACGAGGCCCUGGCAGCCAUCUUUAUCGCCCAGGUGAACAAUAUGGAGAUGAACUUCGGGCAGAUCAUAACGAUUAGCAUCACAGCCACUGCCGCCAGUAUUGGAGCUGCUGGUAUUCCUCAGGCUGGUCUGGUCACCAUGGUGAUUGUGCUGACCUCUGUCGGACUCCCUACUGAUGACAUCAGCCUCAUCAUUGCAGUUGAUUGGUUCCUGGACCGACUUCGUACCACCACCAACGUGCUGGGGGAUUCGAUAGGGGCAGGCAUUGUGGAAUUCCUGUCCCGGGAAGAGCUGCAGAACGGCGAUGUGGAGAUGGGGAACUCCGUCGUGGAGGAGAACCAAGUGAAGAAGCCCUACCAGAUGAUUCCACAAGAGAACGAGUACGAGAAUGAGAAACCUCCGGACAGUGAAACCAAGAUGUAGUGACUCGGUGCCUGCGCAGGGAUAGUGCGUGUGGGUGUUUGUGCGUGUGGGUGAGCAGGUGUAAUCGCUAAUGUUGCUUUUGUCAUUGGUUAUUUUUGUUCUUUGCCAUUUCCUGUUGUGAUCUCUUUGAUUUGUCAUCAGUUACGCAUCUAUUGUUUACUAAUCCUUUGCUCAGCUGCCCUGCCCAUGAAGGCACCACUGCAUCAGUCUCGAAGUAUCAGAAAAUCACCAAUGUCAGAGCAUUAAACUACCUUAAAAUACUUAUGAGUUAAAGCUUAUCAGUGAAAGGUUGGGCAUAUUGCGGAAAGCUAAUUAAACUCGUACUGGAAUGGGAAAAUGGUCUACAGAGGUAAAACAAGAUGAGAGUAAAGAAUGUAAAGUAGGCCACACGAUGCAAACAACACAGGUUAACCUCAUUUAUGGGUGAAAACGGAGCUGAAUGAAAACUGUUGCAUCUGCCACAUCAGAGGUCAUGGUCUAUUAUUAUCCAGUGGAAUGUAGGCAUGUAUCACAGUUCGGGACACUAUCAAGAGACUCGUAUGUAGUUUGACAGUUGAAUAGAUAAUUUGACUUAUCCACCAUUUCUUGUCUGUGUCCAAAGUAUUGCACAUGGGGUGCGAUUUUUAGCAGGAAUCUGACCAAAAUGGCAAUUUUUUUUUCUUUGUCUGACCGGUGUGCUGAAUCCAUCUUCAGUCAGGUUUGAAUUUUUGACUUCCUAAUUUCUAACACUACAUGACAAAAUCAACAUGGAAGUACAGUACAUUUCUUGAUAAGAAGCUCCAAGAGAAUGUGGCCCUCUGAAACUGCUGUUCUCAGUCUGGAGUAGCUUUAUACGAUGAUGGCUUAUUCAGUCCUUCAGAAAUAUCCUGUCUUAUGGGUUGCUUAGUUUUCUUUGUACUUACAUUGUGUUUUAUUAUGUGUUUUAAUGAUGCAAGGGAGAGAAUGUUCACAUUAUUUUGAUAUACAUUUUGGUUUCUUUCUUUUUUCUAUUGUUCUAUAGGAAAUCAUGAAGAAUUAUACCUUUGCUGUCAUUUGCUAACCUAAAUAGUGAAAAUGAUAUAUGUAGAUGCAUUUGGAAAUUAAUUCUAGAUAUUAUGAGUGAGAGUUUACUGGAAGUCUCCUGAGACUCCUAAGCUGGAACCGUGUGUCAUUUUCAGAACUGGGCAAAUUCCGAAUCCACCAUUACAGGCACAAAUAUGCUGACUGUAUACUAACUCACUCAAGUUGAAACUGUGAGCUUGUGUUUCCUUUUGUGUUUUGUUUAUGAAGGUGUUUUUCAUCUUGCUGGAUAUUUGCCCUUAGAUUCACACAGAGAGCAGUGUGUGGUUAAAAUCUAUGUGGAAUGAUUGGAACUGUAGGUUUGUCUAUGGUAAAUAUAGUUUUGAAUAAAACUGAAAAAGGAAA